AUGGAUUCAUCGAUGGAUGGCUUCUAUUUGGUUUUUAAAAAAGUUGCCAAACUUAUGGACGGCCGCGUUCGAAUUAUGACCAGACCACUUUCACCCGAUUCACACGAGCAGAUAAAAACUUGUUUGUGCGUUGAUUUAAUUCAAGGUUACGGCUUAACUGAAACCACAUCGGGAGCAACGGUUAUGGAUUAUCGCGAUAUGCAGUAUGGUCGUGUUGGCGCCCCAUUAACAGUUUGUGAUAUACGCUUAGUCAAUUGGGAAGAAGGAGGGUACCGAGUCACAAAUAAACCCAAUCCCCAAGGAGAAGUUCUUGUUGGGGGUGAAUGUGUUUCCAUGGGUUAUUAUAAGCUACCAAACAAAACAGCCGAAGAGUUCUUUGAAGAAGAUGGAAAACGCUGGUUCAAAACCGGAGAUAUUGGUGAAAUGCAUCCAGAUGGCGUACUUAAAAUUAUUGAUCGCAAAAAGGACUUGGUCAAGCUGCAAGCUGGUGAAUACGUUUCCCUUGGAAAAGUAGAAUCGGAGCUUAAGACAUGUCCACUGGUUGAAAAUAUUUGCGUAUAUGGUGAUCCUACCAAGCAGUUUACUGUUGCUCUAGUUGUACCCAAUCAGAAGCACUUGGAAGAGUUAUCUCUUCGUCAUGGUCUUGAAGGCAAAACAUUUGAAGAGCUUUGCUCGAGUUCAGAAAUUGAAAAGGCAGUUAUUAAAGAAAUCGCUGAACAUGCUCGCAAAUGUAAACUUCAAAAGUUCGAAGUCCCCGCUGCCAUUACACUCUGCAAGGAAGUCUGGUCACCAGACAUGGGGCUUGUAACUGCUGCUUUUAAACUGAAGCGCAAAGACAUUCAAGACAAAUAUCAGCACGACAUCAAUCGCAUGUAUGCCUCAUGAAAUUGACUAAACAACUAGGUGCAGUUUUAGCCGGUAACAAGUAUGCACUACACGAAAAGUUUAUUCGUGUACUGUCUUUAAUUUUUCAUACAUCACGAUCUAAUAUGGAUCAAAACAAUUUCUCAUUGAAUGAAAAUUUUAGUACAGCAAUAUUAGGAACACAAAAUUAUUUAUUAAUCUAUACAAAUACCAAUAAUACUACCAUUUCAAAUUGUACACGCAUGUUCUAAAUUUCAUACCGAAACUACACUUCCUUAUUACGCUUUGAACUUAAAUAUAAAAAGUUAAUGGUAAAAAUAGAACAAUGAAAAAAAAUUAUUAUUUUAUGUAAAGUUUCAAACACACAGAAGGUCUUAUGAAUUCAUUUUAGUUCUUCUUUCAUAGCUAUAAUCACUCUUAAACAAUUGUUUUCUGCUUAACAUGAAAACAUAGUGCGAAUUAACACAGCGCAACUUGGAUAACGUGAAAGACAUAUUUUUGAAAUUGUUUAAAUUACUUCAAGUUUGAUUAAGUGAAUGCUGAAUUACUAAAUUAAUUAGUAUUGGGCACAUUUUCUUUAUUAAUUUAUAUUUGUAAAUUUAUUAUCAAAUGCAUUAACCACCUAUUUCAUAACAAAAAUUUAGUCUGUCUGUGUACAGUGCGUAUUGUUAAAAUCAUAAGCAACUUUUUUGGAUUAAACGCUUGCAAUAAUUAUGCGGUUCACAUUUUUAA